AUGAUUGGUUCUUGUCAUAAUUUAUUAUUUUCUUAUAAUGGUCAAUAUUUAAUUGGAUUAUUCUAUGAAAUAACAUCAAAUUUAAAUCCUUAUGCUAUUAAAAUUUGGUCAACAAAUGAUUAUACAAUUCAUAAGAAUUUACAUCCAAUAAAAUGUUCAAUAGCAAUAACAUCUCAACAUUCAUAUAUACUUUAUAUGGCUGGUAAACAAAAAUAUGGUCGUGGUAUAUUACUUGGUUUACUUGAUAUUGAUACAUGUAAUCUUAUACAUGAACUCAAAUCAGAUCUUGAUACAUCAAUUGAAACACAAAUAAAUCUAAAUAAUGAACAAUCAUCAUUAAUAUCACAUACAAUGAAUAAUUGUACAAUGAUUUUAACGAGAUUUGAUUCUGAUCCAAACAAUACAUUUUCAAUAAAUGAUACCAAUAAUAAUGAUCAAUAUAUGUUAACUAUAUUACGUACAAAUGAAAUUCUUAUAUGGAAAUUAAAUAAUGAAGAAAUUUUAUUUAAUUAUAAUUUUCAUCAUUGA